AUGGAGUUUCUUGAAUACAAUGAUGUACAGGCUGAAAUUAAAGGAGCAAUGGUUCCUGGCAGGCUAAAGAUGACGGACCAAAACAUAGUAUUCAAAAAUAGCAAAACAGGAAAGGUGGAACAACUACUGGCUAGUGAAAUUGACUUAGUAAAUUUUCAGAAAUUUAUUGGCUCAUGGGGAUUGAGAAUCUUUCUGAAAAAUGGUACUCUCCACAGAUAUGGAGGUUUUAAAGAAGGAGAGCAAGAAAAAGUUGCCAAGUUCUUUAAGGCAAAUUACAAUAAGGAUAUGUUAGAAAAAGAGCUUUCCCUCAAAGGCUGGAACUGGGGUACUGCAAAGUUUAAUGGAGCUGUACUGAGCUUCAAUAUUGGAACCAACACUGCGUUUGAGAUCCCUCUACAUUAUGUUUCCCAGUGCAACACUGGCAAGAAUGAAGUCACACUUGAAUUCCAUCAGAAUGAUGACACUCCAGUCUCUUUAAUGGAGAUGCGUUUCCAUAUCCCAACUAAUGAAUUAGCUGGAGAUAUGGACGCUGUAGAAGCAUUCCACCAGCAAGUCAUGACUAAAGCCAGUGUCAUAUCAGUAUCUGGAGACGCCAUCGCCAUCUUUAGAGAAUUGCAGUGUCUUACUCCUCGUGGUCGCUAUGACAUCAAAGUAUUCCAAACAUUCUUUCAACUUCACGGAAAAACGUUUGAUUACAAGAUUCCCAUCUCGACCGUUCUCCGUCUGUUCCUGUUGCCUCAUAAGGACACGAGACAAAUGUUCUUCGUGGUAUCGUUAGACCCACCCAUCAAACAGGGUCAAACGAGAUAUCAUUAUCUUGUACUGUUAUUUGGCAUUGAAGAAGAAACUAGCUUGGAGUUACCAUUCACAGAGGAAGAAUUAAAAGAAAAAUAUGAAGACAAAAUAACAAAAGAGCUUUCGGGUCCAACUUAUGAAGUGUUAGCUAAAAUUAUGAAAGUCAUUAUCAACAGGAGGGUGACAGGCCCUGGAGAUUUCUUGGGUCACCACAAGACACCAGCCAUAGCCUGUUCAUACAAGGCAGCGGCAGGUUACUUAUAUCCACUAGAAAAAGGUUUCAUCUACGUUCAUAAGCCUCCAGUACACAUUCGGUUCGAAGAAAUUGCGUCUGUCAACUUUGCUCGUGGAGGUGCCUCAUCCACCAAAUCGUUUGACUUCGAAAUAGCGCUCAAAUCUGGCAGUGUUCACACCUUUAGCAGUAUCGAAAAGGGCGAGUAUGACAAACUCUUCGAUUACAUAACUUCAAAGAAACUGCAUGUCAAGAACACUGGCAAGAAUGACAAAGCUCUAUAUGAUGAUGACUUUGGCGACUCAGACACUGAGAAGGAGCCAGACGCGUAUCUGGAGAGAGUGAAAGCAGAGGCUAAAGAGCGAGACUCUAAUGAUUCUAAUGACUCAGACGAGAGCACCGAUGAGGACUUCAACCCCGACAAAGCAAAGGAGAGCGAUGUCGCUGAAGAGUAUGACACCAAUCCUUCAUCAUCGGAAGAGUCCGACGCUUCAGCUGCUUCUAACGAUAGCAAAAAAGAGAAGAAGAAAGAGAAGAAACACAAAAAAGCUAUUACUAUUCCCGAAUCGGCGCCAAGGAAACGUAAAGAAAAAUCGAAGAAACGUGAAAAGGAUGCCAACGCUCCUAAACGCCCCUCCACCGCCUUCAUGUUGUGGCUCAACGAGAACCGCAAGAGUAUCAUCGACGAGAACCCUGGUAUCAAGGUCACCGAGAUCGCCAAGAAGGGCGGCGAGCUGUGGCGGGACCUCAAGGAUAAAUCUGAAUGGGAAGAAAAGGCGGCUAAGGCGAAGGAAGAAUACAAUCAAGCGAUGAAGAAAUAUAAAGACAGCGGCGCCGCUGAUGAAUUCAAACAGAAGAAGAAGCAGGCAGAGAAAGAACGUAAAGCGGCCGACAAGAAGACUAAAGCUCCACCUAGCAAGAAGGCCAAGCCUAACACAAGCGGUACGGGCACUAGCGGUAAAUUCACCAGCAAGGAGUAUAUUGAGGAUGAUGACAGCUCUUCUGAUUCUGAUAACGAGAAGCCUAAGAAGAAGGAGACCAAAGACACUAAAGAACAGAAGAAAGAGAAAGCAAAGAGUUCAUCAUCAGAAGCGGAGGCGUCGUCAGGGUCAGGCGACGAGAGCGGUAGCGGGAGCGGCAGCGACUAA